CGCGCAGGGCGGAACCCGCAAUUGUGGACAUGGCAGCACCUGAGGCGGGAGCGGGGCCGGCGGCACCGGCACCGGCAUCGGCCACGGCACCGGCCGAGCCAGAGCUGGAGCCCCUGCGGCUGCGGCGACUGUGCGGCGACGGCUUUUUCGAGGUUCCGGCGGCCGAUCGGCUGGGACGGUGCCGCAGCGUGAAGGAGUUUGAGAAGCUGAAUCGGAUCGGAGAGGGCACGUACGGCAUCGUGUACCGUGCCCGGGACACUGUGACCAACGAGACAGUGGCGCUGAAGAAGGUGCGGAUGGACAACGAGAAGGAUGGAAUGCCCAUCAGCAGCCUGCGGGAGAUCACCCUGCUCCUGCAGCUCCAGCACCCCAACAUCGUGGAGCUGAAGGACGUGGUUGUGGGAAACCACCUGGAGAGCAUUUUCUUGGUGAUGGGAUACUGCGAGCAGGACCUGGCCAGUCUCCUGGAGAACAUGCAAACACCCUUCUCGGAGGCUCAGGUGAAGUGCAUCAUCCUGCAGGUGCUCAAGGGCCUGCAGUACCUCCAUGAGAACUACAUCAUCCACAGGGACCUGAAGGUCUCCAACCUGCUGAUGACCGACAAGGGCUGUGUGAAGAUAGCUGAUUUUGGCCUGGCACGCACCUACGGGAUGCCCCCUAAGCCCAUGACCCCCAAAGUGGUGACUCUCUGGUACCGUGCACCGGAGCUGCUGCUGGGCAUGACCACCCAGACCACCAGCAUCGACAUGUGGGCUGCUGGCUGCAUCCUGGCCGAGCUGCUGGCACACAAACCACUGCUGCCAGGCACCUCUGAGAUCCACCAGAUCGACCUCAUCGUGCAGCUCCUGGGGACACCCAACGAGAACAUCUGGCCGGUGAGAGCUCCCUGCCCAUUUUCCCACUGUCCUUUCUCCCUGGCUGCUCCAAGGCCCCUCCUCACACUCGGUUUCCCCCAGGGGUUCUCCAAGCUGCCGCUGGCCACCCAGUACACCCUGCGGAAACAGCCCUACAACAACCUGAAGCACAGGUUUCCCUGGCUCUCGGAGGCUGGGCUGCGACUGCUCAACUUCCUCUUCAUGUAUGACCCCAAGAAAAGGGCCACAGCCAAGGACUGCCUGGAGAGCUCCUACUUCAAAGAGAAGCCCUUGCCCUGUGAGCCAGAGCUGAUGCCCACCUUCCCACACCACCGGAACAAGCGGGCGGCCAGCACGGCGAUGGAGAGCCAGGCCAAGCGCAGCAAGCCCUGAGCUGUGCCCUGGGAACAGCCCUGAUGUGUCCUGGCUGAGGUGGAUUCCCUCAGCCCAGCAGUCCCAGCGCCAUGGGGACAGCUCCUCCAUCCGUCUGCCCGCGUGGGAUGGGGCAGGCUGCAGUGUGUGGCUGGGCAAGCAUGGCCUCAGAGCCAGGAGAGAGGAGAGAUGGGGCGCAGGGAUGCCCAGGCUUGGCAGGGUCAGUCCUGUCCCAGGCGGGUCCUGGUUUGUGCUGUCUGUGGGGGCGAACCCCGACUCUGCCAUCAAUAAAAGCAUCUGGCAGUGGCAA